AUGCUCUUGCCUUUGGACGUCCUCUCGCUUGUCCUGCUCUCCAUCUCCACAUCCCCCUUCGCUGGAAUCCUUUCAGUCUCGGCAACCUUGGUCAAUGUCACCAUAGACGAUACGUUCGGGGAUCCAGCUACGGGGGACCAGAUCUCGUACGCGCCUGAGGGAACAUGGCAACCGGUUUCAUGUGCAGGCUGCACCGCUAAGCCCAACCCUUCACAAGUUUCCAACAGCACUUGGCAUGAAGGAACAUUUAAUCCUGAUGGCGCCAGAGGCUCAGACCAGCUCUUGUCUGCAGCUGUCUCUUUCGAAGGUGUCGCUGUGUAUGUUUUCUGCGUUGUAACACACUCCUUCACGUCCCCAGUCGGAAACUCCGACAUGAGCUUCUUCCUCGACGGCAACCUUGUGGGUACAUUUCAGCAGCCCCCAAAUGGCAAUGCGACGUACGAAUACAACGUGCCUGUCUACGUCAACGAGUCUUUACCUCCAGGGCAGCACACCAUCGUCGUCGUAAACGGUGAACUCGGCGGGAACACCUCCCUCACCUUGCUUGACUACAUCGUCUAUACG